CUCGAGUACUUGUAGUAAUGUAAGUUAUUGGUUGUAUCCCAGGUGCAUAUAGGUAGAGCCAACAAACUGUUUUGGGUUUACGUUGAAUUUAAUGAUAUCAAGACAACUACGAAUACCACACAAGUUGGUGGCCUUUCUUGUGUUGGAUGAAGCGUCGUCCGAACCUUUUAGUAAUUGUCACGAAGGAAUCGAGGCGGGCUUGGGACGUUGCCUUCACCUUCAACGGCAUCGUUGAGGGCAUCGCGCAGUGCUAGGAGCAUGGCCAACUUUUUGCGUCGCUUUAGCGCCGUUCCCCGCUUUCGGCGGUCGUCCAAGAGGGUUUCGUCCUCGUCCUCCAACGCCUCAUGCCGUUCAAACAACAUGGACGCUUCGUCGUUUGAACGGGAUCCUUGGGCGUCUUCUGCCAUAAACGAAAACGAAGGCGGCAACACGACGCGAUUGAGUGCGUUCGACUUGGCCAGCAGGUCCAGCACCACGCGGUUGUCGUCGCCUGUGGCAACAAUCCCGUCGGCGUCCGAAAAGAGGGCCCAGCGCAGGCGAUGGUCACCUGUUUCCACCGACGCGACGGUGUCGUCCAACAACGCAGCAGCUCGACCAGUGCGAUGAUGAUGAUAAACGCGACUGCGGCUUGACGAACGCGUAGAAUCGUCCAACGCCGACCGGAAGGUGUGGGUGCUGGGCGCACGAGAAUUCGAAUCGAAGCCGCUGUUAUCGCUGGCGGUAACAAAGGUGGCCAAGCUGGCAAACGCAAAGGCACUGAUGGUCUUCAUGGUGUCGAGGGAGUUUGGAAAUGAGCCAUAUGCAUGUUGUUGUUGGUU